AUGUCACACACAUCAGGCAACGCCUGGCGCUGGAGUGAGGAUUCUCACAUCCCAUUUUGCUAUAUGGAUACCGCCGGCAUGGUCCAGUCUAUGAAUCCCCAAGCAACAACUUCAGCAGGUUUAGGGAGAGCAACCGUUGCUGCUCCCAUCAUGCCAAUAAGCUCUUACGGUGGCAGCACUUUCAACAUGCCCAAUAGCCAUCAGCAGAUUCCACAGAACUCGUAUGGCUUCACAUCUUACAACGAUGGUAGCUUGACCACUAUCAUCCCAACUUACGGAGCCAAUUAUAUUCAGCCACGACCUCUUCCCGGCAUGAUGCAAUCUUAUGCUCCUACUCCAAAACAGGCACCUUUCAACGGAAGCAGCCGACAAGGAUUUGUGGGAAGUACGCACCAAAAUCAAAGUCCUCAAAUCAAGCCUGAACCUUCAUGGGCAACACCUGCAGGUCAAAAAUCACCACCGAAAACUCAAUCAACCCCACCACCUAGCAAAGACAUAAAUCCUCUUCCUUUGACUGGCUCUGAUGAGGCACACAUUGGGAGCACAGCAAUUGACCGACUUAUGAAGGUCAUUCAAACCAAAACACAAACAUUGCAAACGCAAUUACCACCUAUCCCUCAGAUUACACCUGUGGUAGGUGCACCCCACACCCUCCCUCGACAGGAUUCAAUGUAUCGAAGAUUUUAUGGAUAUGAGAAAGAAGAAAAGCAAAUGCUUACAUCUGGUAAGGGUCCGAGCGAACCAGGACACUCUAAGAGAAAAGAGAAGAAGUAUCGAUGCACUUUCGAGAAUUGUCCAUCAAGUUUCCCACAGAAGACACACUUGCAAAUCCAUCUUCGAAAGCAUACCGGUGCAAAGCCAUAUACAUGUAGCUGGAAAUCUUGCGGCCGACAAUUUUCUCAACAAGGAAACCUCAAGACGCAUAUGAAUCGUCACAGUGGCGAACGACGCUUUCCUUGCGAGAUAUGUGGCAAGCGUUUCGGACAACCAAGCAAUCUGAGUGCUCAUAGAAUUGUUCACACGGGCGAAAAACCAUUUACAUGCAAGCUCGACGGAUGCGAGAAACGUUUUACACAACUGGGCAACCUCAAAUCUCACCACAACAACUUUCACCAGCAAACAAUUGAAAAUCUCAUGUUGAAACUUGAAAGCGGCGAAAUCGACUUGGAGGCUAACAAGGAAUUCUGGUCUUACUUCUUCACUCUUUACAAAAACAGUAAUAAGGGCAUCAAAGGACGAGGCAAAGAUAGAAACAUCAGUCCCCGAAGUCGAUUAUCCAAGAGCGGCCAUGCAAGUACUGGUACAAAUGCUAGUCGUUAUAUUUCGUCUAACAUGCGAAGUUGUCAUGGACUCAUGGGCGUGGACGCAACCUCACCAUUCAGUAGUGAUGUAACGAUGUACGAUUCCGAUGCGAGUCUGAGGAGUCAUACGAGUGGAAGCAUGAGUGUACACAGUAGUUAUGGUUCUGUCUCCAGCGAGGGAACAGCAUCUACCUGCUCAAGUUUCUCAGAUGAAAUUUCUGGAGAUUAUAAGGAUCAUCGUGGUGGCAGCUCAAGAGGCGGAUUGGCUUUUGGAGAGAGGCUGUACUAA